GCAAAAGGUAGAACCCUUCGAUUCUUUUUAUGUUAUUACCAAGAUGCCCAAACAUCUAGAGAACUUUCCUUUACAUCCAGAACGAAACGAAAUUCGUCUCCUCACUAUCUUACCCAGCACAAAGGCUGAAUCAAUAAUCAGGUGCUCUCUCUUUUCAGUAUCACUAGACAAUAGCCCUGAGUUCGAGGCCAUUUCAUAUGUCUGGGGAGACGCCUCAAAGAAGACAGAUAUUAUCAUCAAUGAUACUUUCUUUUACGUGACACGGAGUGUGGAUAAAACGCUCCGUCUUCUUCGCCGUAAGGAUCGGCGACGAGUGGUAUGGAUCGACUUUGUCUACAUCAACCAGCAUGAUGUCCCUGAGAAAAAUACCCAGGUCCCAUUACUUGGUCGUGUUUAUGCGGGCGCGUCAGCAGUUAUUGCUAUGAUGGUGAAUGAUAAUAUGGAUCUUCGUACUGCAAUUUCUUGGACAAAGGCAUACGAACCAGGCCUGGUCACUCGAGAAAUUGUUGCAUGGCGUGUCCUGGACAAACUGAGCAGAUACUGCCAGAAAGCUCGAGACCUAAGGGCGAGGCGGCUGCUCAACGUGUACGAACAGCUCCGACUCGUCAAGGAUGACCCUUACUGGGCACGCACGUGGACAUAUCAGGAAUACCAGCUGGCCAAUUGCGAUCCAAUUUGCAUGAGUGGAACACUCACAUUCAAUGCUUACUUAAUGCUCGCAUUCGCCCGUGAGAGUCUAGAAUCAUUUAGACGAAGGUAUGGUGAGGCAGAAUUCAGAAAGCUUUCCCUUCUUCGUGGGCCAACCGAGCGAAUCAAAAAUGAGAAUGCCCUAUAUCACUUUCGCAAGACAUGGCAUCGACAGUGCAAGGAUCCUCGAGAUAAAGUGUACGCACUUUACAGUCUGCUCCCUUCUCUACAAACCAAAUACCCGCCGGACUACAAUAAACAAGUUGAGCAGGUCAUGCACGAAACAACAGCAUAUAUCGUGACACAGGAAGGCCCCGAGGCUCUGAGCUCCUUCAAACUCUGGGAAGGGAAUUGUUCACCUAGUUGCUCAUCUUCUUAUCCAUCCUGGAUCCUCGACUUUGGUUGUGCCGCUGAACCUCUGGAUGCCAUCCUCGGUGAAUAUGCCUGGUGCUUAGACGCCUGGGAUCCAUUACCUAUGACCACAAACGACCUGUCCACUAUGACAAUUUGUGCUCGUCGCAUCGGCUCCUGCUCCCCGGUUGUACAACUGGCCUCUACAAUGCCAGAUAUCAUGGAUCAAUUUGUUAGCAUCACAGAUGUACGCUAUGAUACCUGGGGGAGCUUGGAAUCCAGGCGUCUAAGUCUCGUGCAUGCGUGCCUGGCUUAUACUCAUCUUCACACCAAGUUUAUACAAAAUCUAAGCGACAAAACAAUUGAGACAUCCGAUCUUUUCCAUAAGAUUGACCUACUGGAUGAUCCGAUAGUUGAAGGUUUCGGAAUCAGCGGACCUAAUGUGCAGCAAGGAGACGUGGCAGUGAUGGCUUCUGGAGUGCCGGUGCCGCUUAUACUUCGUCCUUAUCGGGAAAACAACGAGCUCUAUUAUCGUUUAGUGGAUAGAGCCUACAUUCCCUUGAUGUCCCAAAUCGCGGUUUCGGAUGGUAAAUUUGAUUCUGCUCGGUUCUUAGAACGCCCACCUCAGGUGUUCUCUUUACGAUAG